UUGGCAGAGAUCGGGCCAUGCUUUAUAUAAAAUCAACUGAGCAUAUCUGUUGGAAUUCAUUAAACGUUUUACUGCCACAGGCCGACGUACAGCGGUUCGAAAUUCGAGAUUCGAGAUCCGAGAUCCAAAAGCCGAGAGCUCCGCACACGAAAUAUCCACCGUCUUCUCACACGCACAUUAAGCAGCAGCUCAAUCAGCCAGCAAAUAUGAAAUUCUUAGUCACCAUCGCCGCUCUCUGCCUCUUCGUGGCCUUCGCCGCGGGUCAGCAAUACUUUCUGGGACAGUUCCCCAGCCGGGCCCGCUUCGGAUUCGAUCCCGUGGCUCUGGCGGGACCCUCAUCCGCCACACAGGUCAGGGAUCCUCGACAGAACAGAGGACCCGUGGUGUUCCCCCCAUCCCCGCCAGAUGCAGUGGACGAGUCCAGCGGCGUGGUCGUAGGCGCUUCUGGAUACGGUUUUGUGCCGCCUCAGCAAAGUAAUGCGAACCUCUUUAAACGCACUGUUUGAAAGAGAAAUAUUGAUUUGAGCUCCUUCAUCUCACUUACUUACACACACACACACACACAAACACACCCACACACUCCUAGAAGAGAAAAGCUUUAUUAGUGCAAUAUGUAGCCGUGUUUUUGUUAUUUCUUUGUUAUUGUUAAAUAGUUGCCCAUUAAUUAGCAAUCCACACAAAUGUCUUAUUCGCAGGAAAACUCUCUGGUUAAAGUAAAAAAUCUUCCCCACACCGAAUACCAAAUCUUCCCCACACCACACCACACCACACCGACUACCAGAAAUUAACCCAAAGCACACAGUCACUUUGCACACCAGCACCAGCACCGGAAACGGAAAUGCGUCCCUCUUAGCUAAUUACAGCCGCCAACAAAAACACCCACUAACUCGGCACCUCUUCCCCCUUCCCACUCCCCCUUCCCCUUAAAAUAAAUUUAACAUUACUUAGUUUAAUUAGCUUGAAAUCCCAAUGUUAAUUUCCACCUUAUUGUUUCGCUUUGUAUUUUUAUUUCUCUUAUGAUUUUUGCUUUCUUAUAAUUUAUGUUUCAAAUUGGAAUUGUAUUAUGAUUUUAUCUUAUUUUAUUUGUAACCAGAAGCUAAAUUUAAAUUAUGAAUAAACC